AUGGCAACGCUGUGUAUGUGUAUAGAUGGGAAUGAGAGGCUGGAGAGCAGCUCCAUGGAAAGGGAGCUAGGGGUCCUGAUUGACAAAGUGAAUCCGGGGCCGUGCGGGGCGCACGCCGGGCGGCCGCUGGAGCUGUUCUGCGAGGACUGCGGGCGCUGCGUGUGCGCGCUGUGCCCGGCGCUGGGCGCGCACCGCGGGCACCGCGCCUGCCUCCUGCCGCAGGCGGUCCGCCGCGCCCAGGAACUUAUGUCAGUGUGCUUGAAGAAUCUAGAAGAGAGAAAAGAGGAAGAAGAUGGCAACAGAAGGAGCAUUGAGCAGGCUGUAAAGGAUGUGAAGGCACAUGCUGAUAUGAUGAAACGGCAGCUGUCAGAAAAAAUGGCUGAGCUUCAGUUACUUCUUCGGGAAGAAGAGAGUCUGGCAAAAAACUUCAUUGAUGAAAAGACUCAGCAAGCCCUGGGAACACAUGAUCAGCAUUUGAGGUUCUGUCAAGAACAGCUUGCAGCCGUAGAGACCUUCACACAUCGAAUCAGACACAUACGACAGGACAGUGAUCCUAUUCGUUUGCUGGAGAAGUACACGGAAAUUGAGAAGGAAAUUAAGGAAUCCAGGCACCCAUUAGAAAAGUGGCAUCCAGUACCUCUCUCAUUUGAACACUUACUUAACCAUUAUAAACACUUCAUCAGAGUUCUUCAGUCCAUUCUACAGAAACCAUUGGAAGCACGGCUUAAAGAAGAUGUUUUCAGUAGUCUUAAUCCCACUGCAAAGAAGGAGCCUGGGACAGUGCUGAAAACCAUGACUCCUAUUGAUCGGUUGCUUUUCUUAAAACAUGCAAGAUCACCAACCUGGGAAUACGACAGCAUUCACCCGAGACUGAAAUUGUCAGAUGACCGUCUUGAAGUAAGCUGUAGCUGGAGGAGAAUAUUUUACCCCUGUAGUCCCCAGAGAUUUGAUAAAUUAUGGCAAGUGCUAAGCAGAGACGCAUUCCUGUCUGGGAGCCAUUACUGGGAGGUUGACCUGCUUCGGGCUGGAGCAGGAUGGUGGAUUGGCGCAGCCUACCCCACCAUUGCCAGGAAAGGAGACUCAGAAGCCUGUCGCCUGGGCUGGAAUAGAGCAUCCUGGUGCCUUAAGAAGUUUGAUUUUGAAUACUGGGCAUUUCACAAGGGAGAGAGAAUCCCCAUCGUGAUAGAAGAUGAUCCUGAUUGCAUUGGCAUUUUCCUAGAUUAUGAAGCAGGAAUCCUUUCAUUCUACAAUGUUAGCGAUGGCAUGGCUCAUUUGCACACCUUCUGCUGCAAGUUCACAGAACCAGUUUAUCCAGCCCUGAGGCUCUGGGAAGGGUCCAUUAGAACAUGCAAACUAACAUAAGAAACAAAGUGAAAUAAAGCCCACUAUUUCAUGCUUUUUCUACUAAUGCCACUUCAGCAAUUAUCUGAAUUAAUUAAUCUCUGUUGCAUCAAAGUUGUAAUUAUGAUGCUUUUAAAAGGCAACAUAAGUUUAGGAAAACUAACUGUGAUUUUUAAUAUGUAUUUUUUUUCAGAGGGGAGGUGACCUGACUUUUAGAAAUGAUGCUGACAUACCACUCAAAGUGCAUUAUGUAAUAUUGUUGUACUUUUUCAACUUGUUAACAGCAAAUGCAAGGA